AAGCACCUCGGCUCCGCACCACGCUUCCAAGAUGGGGGUUGUAUUGGGCGCUUGGCCAUCGUGACCUGCAGGAACACAAGUACUGGCCGUCUGCUGUGCGGUCAGGAAGCCUGCCGAUCCUUUUGCUCGUCGCAACACCGCUUAAUAUGGUUUCCUUUUCGAAGCUCUCGCUGGCUUCGGCACUCCUAGCCCAACAUGUCUUUGCACAUCGCAGCUUGGUCGCGUGCAAUGACACGGAAAGCUUUGCGACCAACAUGCUACAAGAGUCCAUGGACUGGAUGGACUUGUAUUACGACAAUGAAAGAGGAUAUUUGUUCAACUUGGACGCUGUUACGCUGACGCAUGAUACGCGAUCGAGCGCGUGGUAUGCAGCGGGUUUACUGGCGCGCAACAAGAACGACGACGUGGACCAGGCGAUUAAGAUUGUCAACAACAUCAUCGGCGGGCAGUUCAAGAACGAGAGUCAGCAGUGGUACGGCGAUUACCAAAUCUACCCAGAGGAACCCACGGUCGGCACUGCAGAAUACCCGGCCAACAUGUACAACUCGUGGGACCCCAACUGGCGAGGCUUCAUCGGCACAACCUUUGUCGUCAUGCUCGAGGAAUUCGCCCAUCUCCUCCCCAACGAAACAACAAACUACAUUCUCGAGAGUCUGUACAACACCACCAUUGGCGAUAGUUAUCGCGUCGGCGGCGUCGAUGGUGACAACUUGUAUCCCGCGUACAGCAAUCCUUCCAUUAUGCGCGCCUUUGUAUCUGGCUACAUUGGCCGGCGCCUCAACGACGCAAACAUGACCCAAGCAGGCGAGAUGUACGCCAAACAAAUUAUUGACCUGUUUGUCCGCGACAACACGCUGUCGGAAUUCAACUCGGGCACCUACGCCGGAGUCUCGUUGUACGCACUAACGCUGUGGGCAAAGUACCUCAAGCCCGAAGAGAGCAUCAUGGGCGAGUACGGUCCCAAGAUGAUUCGCGACACAUGGAGCGUGCUGGGCCAGUUGUACAAUGCAAACAUGAAGAACGUAGCGGGGCCCUGGGACCGCGCGUACGGCUUCGACAUGAACCGGUAUCUGAGCAUUCUGGCGCUGCAGCUGUGGACCUUGGUAGGCAAGGAAAAGGCGCCAAUCAACAAGAAGCCCUGGGCAAUGGGCCACAAAGACGACUUUGCUAUUUCCCCACUCAUCUCCAUUCUCGCACCCUACCACAACACGCUUGUCCCCAACACAACCCUCUCGUCGCUCCUCACCUUUCCCGGCACCCACACCGUCUCCACCUCGGCCUUCUCACCCCCCUACGACACAUACCCGCGCAACAUCUCGGCCUGGCUUUCGCCCCACCUGACCAUUGGCGCAACCUCGUUUUCCGAAUCCGUCAUCGGCGGCCCCAGCAUCAAUCCCAAUUCCUUCAACCCGGCGGUCGUCCAGUGGACCCGUGGCGACGCUGCGAACAAAGACGUGGGCUGGAUCACGCUGUAUGCGCAGACAAGAGCUGUACAGGCUGUCGUGGGCAACGCCAGUUUGCAACUUACGUACCCGCUCGGAAACGACUCGAGCGCCUUUUCCUUCUUGGUUGCGCCCAAUGGCUGGUACGGGAAGCGCGAUGUGAGUUCCUGGGCUGAUGUGCAGGGCAUCAAGGUAACGGCGAGUGGGACGGUGGAUUUGGACUAUCGAGUCCAGUUUGCCGGGCAGGUUGGAGGCACUGGCAAGCCCAUCAACGACUUUGAAUUCUGGAACUUUACAUACGUUAUGCCUGCCGGCAGCACGCAAUUGCCUACUAUCAAGCUUGAGUUUGAGCUCGAGUAGAUGUCUAUUGCGUGCGUGGAAGAAGUGUAAAUACACAACGAGUGAGAGAGAGAG